AUGUCUUCACGCCGACAUUCAAGCCGUCGAAAUGCCCGCCAACCACCCAACAUGGACCCGCCCCAGCACAUGGGCUCAGAAAUCCCGUCUCCACCACACAGCUCCCACGGAUCCUCGCGUGCGUUUGAGCGAUACCGCAACGACUAUGAUCAGCCAGCCAUAGAAUCGCCCAGCUUAUACGCAGCGUCUGAGAUUCGACCUCCACCACAGAGCUCCAACGCAAUGCCUCGCGCGUUCCAGCCACGAGAUGUUCCGGCCGAGCCACCAGUUGAGAAGUCUCCCGCCGUCAAGCAGUCGCCCACCGUGAAACAGUCGCCCACCGUCAAGCAGACUCCCAUGGUCGAGCAAUCCGACAAAGUCGAGCAGUCUGCCACUGGCCAAAAGGCUUCUGAGUUCAAACAGUCUGACGACUUGGGCGAACUCUACAAGGCCUUCCCUCAAUUUGCAAACGAGUUACGCACGUUGCGAAAGGGGAAAUCCCAGGCUGCGCCACCACCAAAGCCUUGGGAACUCGACUUGACGGAUGACAUCAGGAUGCCCAAGGUGCAAAGCUCCUCGAUGCCGCUGUCUACUCUCCCUGAGGUCAUCAAUCGGUGGGAGAACGGUGUACGAAUCGUUGCUCAAGGUUUCGAUGCAGCCGAACUCCAGCGCGCCGAAGAUCUUUCAGCGGCUUAUGCCUGCGGCGAGAUGGGUGAACGGGGGCGCCUGCGAAACGAGCAGGAGCUGCCUGCCAAAGAAGAAGAGGUGUUAGAAAUGGUUGGAAAUCUGAACGAAGUCAUGGUGGCGAAUGACAAGUGCCAGCAAGAGAAAGAGGACGUAGAGAAACGUCUCAAGGAGCGCCGAGAGAAGCACAAGGCCCAUUUGGAAAAGGCGAUCAAAAGGGCCCGCGCCAAGGGACACGCAGAGUCCAGCCAACAUUAUAAGGACUUUGCAGACCAGGCGAUUGCUUCUGGGCUCAAGAAAAAGGGCGAGAAGUUGGAGAUGCAGUACGAACAGAAGUUGCAGCACCACCUACAGGAGAAAGAUGAAGAGACGAAGCAGAAGCUAGAAAAGCAGAAAGAAGACCUCUAUGCAGAAUUCAAGAAGGAUAUAGAAGCCCUGAAGCCGGAGUUCGAGAAGAAACAGGGCGAGCAUGUGGCGACAGCCGCUCAUAAUCUUCUUUCUCCGCCCUCUUCACAAGACACGCUCGGUGAACAAGCAGCCAGCGAAUCUGAAAAGGCUCCAGUGUCACCUCUUCAAUCCACGCAACCAUCAGCCUCGGCAUCGCCUGUGGCGCCUAGCGAGGAGCGGGAUCCAAAGCUUUUGUCCGGUACUACCUCGCCCGAGUAUGACCGUCAGGUAAGUCUACCUAAAGAGGAAAGCAAACCAUCUUCCGAUUUUAACCUGAACCAGACUCCUGCAGACAUGGAAGAGUCUACUGGCGCCGACGCGGCCUCCCUAAAGCGCAAGCGCAGUGCGGCAGAUAACGACAUUGACGACCAUAAAGCGACCAUAAGCUCACCGAAGCGGCCUCGCACAACGCUCACGCCGUCAAAGCGGAACUCGAAUGCUCCUACUGAAACCCAUGAGCUUGAUUCCGCGCUCGAGUACGAGCUCUUCGGCAGCAACGACAUUCCGACUCUGCAGUUAGAGGAUGAUACUGCUGAGACAUCUGAGCACGACACCGAGCUGCACUCUGACUCCUCGGGUGUUACCACCGUUCCGCAACCUGAGGACGCAUCACCUGCCCCUUCCAAUCCUGUUUCCGAGCUCGCGCCCUCAGUGAAGCGCAAGCGUUCCGUGGCAGACGACGACUUCCAUGACGAGGAAUUGGCUCCGACCUUGCCAAAGAAGCCUCGCGCGAUCGCCCCGUCAGCUUCAUCUGACUCCGGCGUCAUUAAGUUCGGAGGUCCCUACCACAUGCAGUGGAACGGUUUGACUCAGUGGAAGACGAUCCGAGCAGAGAUGACCCUGGAAGAGACGCUCGAGUUCUCCCCGCUAUUCAACCCCCCGGAUCCGCCCAUUACCUACGGCGGUCUUCCUCGGUGGUCGACAGUCAAAGGAGACGAGGAAGAUGAAGAGCUCUGAGGUUGCGGCAACCUCUUGAUUUCUUCCGCCUGGCUUUUGUUCAGGCUUACGCACGCAUUAUUUCUCGUUCACGCUUUGCGCUUUCUGAUACCCAUCGUUGCAGUUUUACACCAACCCUGCGCCCUCUUUUCUCAAAUUUCCACUUUCAGUUUUGCAUUACAACUUGAUUUCUAUCUACCGUCAUCCAACCCACCGAGGAGAGAGUGCACGCUCGAAUCGGUGGGUCAGCACCUCACAGCUAGGAGGGAAACGCCUAGGCUUGAGGUUGC